GUCAAGUCACGGUGGGACUCGUGUUACACGCGAUCUUGGGGUACCUUCCUAAACUUUCUAAUUGAAUUAUGGCUACAGUUUCAAUGUACCUUUAAGCUUUAAACUGUUACAACUUACACAUCAACUCCCAACUUUUCCUCAGCGCAUAGUCCAUUUCAGGAGACUAGAGAAGCCAUGCCGCGUCUACUCUCUGCGGCAAUGGCUCUGCGCCGCGAUCCGCGGUUACUGAAGCUCCCGCCGUACCUCUCCCUCCUAUGCAUCGUCGUCGGUGUUGUAUGGCUACUCAUGUUACCUCUCGACGAAUACUCACGCCGUACUUAUAUUAGCGAGAACGCCUUGUUACCUGGCCAGGUCCAUACCUAUUUUGGCGGCAGCGACCAGAACGUGUUCCGCGCUUACAAGCACGAGAUCAACGCCCUAGAGAACAGCACCAAUGCCCAAGUAAACGAUGAGCUCGAGACUAUAUUUAAGGGCCUUGGCCUUAAGGUCGGACGACAGAAUUAUACAUACCAUUCUUCGGGAAACACGUAUGUUGGUGAGAACGUGUACGCUAUACUACAGGCCCCCCGUGGUGAUGCUACAGAAGCCAUAGUGCUUGUUGCUGCCUGGAAGAAUGUUGAAGAGGAGUUCAACCGCAAUGGUCUUGCACUGGCUUUGGCCCUAACACGGUACUUCAAACGCUGGUCGCUGUGGUCCAAGGAUAUCAUAUUAGUGGUGCCGCCCGAUAGCCGGGCCGGUAUGCAGGCUUGGGUAGACGCGUACCACGACGCUCACGAUCCAUCCCAAGUGGCUCCGUUGCCGAUCAAGUCUGGCGCACUACAGGGCGCUAUAGCACUGGACUACGCGCAAGAAGGGCGCUUCGAGUCUAUCGCCAUCGCGUACGACGGCGUCAACGGACAGCUGCCAAACCUGGACUUGAUCAACUCGGUCGUUAACAUCGCGAGCGGACAGAUGGGCAUGGGGAGUGCACUGCAGGGGAUCUUAAAACACUCGCAGAAAUACGACGAUAAUCUAGCUACGGUGCUCCGAGGUAUGCUCAACCAGGCGUUGGGACAUGCCACGGGGCCUCAUAGCAGUUUUAUCCCGUACCACGUCGAUGCGGUUACGCUGAGGCCGGUGGGCAAUGGCUGGCAUGACGAGAUGGGUCUUGGACGACUAGUUGAAGGGAUGUUCCGAAGUCUAAACAAUCUGCUAGAGAAGCUGCAUCAGAGUUUCUUCUUUUACUUGCUUAUUCAUAAGCACCGCUUCGUCAGUAUUGGCACGUAUCUACCUAGUGCGAUGCUGGUCGCUGCGAAUUUCACUAUUAUGGCUAUUGCGUUAUGGGUUAAGAGCGGGUACAGAGAGGUUGAUGUGCCAAAGGAAGAGCAGGAGAAGAAGCCGGAGAUAGGAGAGGCCAAAGAAGGUGAAGAGGUAAAGGAGGUAAAGAAGAUUGCGAAACCGACUUCGGUACCGGUUGAGCGAGAAAUACUUCUUCCACUUACUCUCGUAGCGGGAUGUCAGUUCCUUGGUGUCAUUCCGCUAUUUGCCUUCAACCAGACGCCUUCUAGUCUCCUCACGCCAAUUUUCAUCCUCUUUACUAUCAUCAAUGCCGGUCUCCCACACCUCGCCUCUUAUUUCUUAACAAAUGGCAUCCGCAAACCGCCUACGGCCCAGCAGUACCUACUCAUCCGAUCGUUCUCCCUAUUGCUACUGGGGAUGUUCCUCUCGUCCCUCGCAACUCUCAACUUCUCGCUCGCCUUUAUCAUCGGCGUCUUAUCUAGCCCGUUGUCGUUUUCCCGCGCGUGGCCCUCUUCCUCUCCUUCCUCAUCCGCUUCUUCUUCUACAAAUAUAGAAAAUGGUGCAAACGUAGCGAUAUUCAGAUACGCACACUCAGCCCUCCUACACGCCCUAGCCCCUCCCGUCGUCCUACUCAUAAGUAGCGCAUUGGCCGGUGUAAGUAUACAGAGCGUGCUUGAGGAAGCAGCGUUCGGGUGGCAUGUCUGGGGUAUGUAUACCCAACUUGUCGUGUGUUGCGUUUGGUGGCCGGCGUGGCUGGUGGGCCAGAUCAUAGUACUUGGACAGCCGAAGGAAGCCGGGGGUAGGAGUACGGGAAGCGAAAAGGAGAAGAAAAAUUCUUGAUUUUGUUGCAAGGGAUUGUUGGCUGCAUGGGUGGCUUUGCUGUGAUUAUUGAGCUGGUAUACUGUCCGAAUUUGACCUGUCAGGUGGAAUUCAGCAAGGUGUUACGAUACUGGAGGUUUUUGCAACAGGCAUUGCUAGAGAAAAAUAGAUGGCUAGCUAGCUACAGCGAUAUCAUAUUCAUUAUAUUUGAAA